AUGUCUAUUCUGACAAGACCAGUCGUUGAGCUUGCAAGCUAUAUUUUGACUAAGCUCCAUGGUGGUUUUCUAUUAGACCAAUUUGAUCACAAGCAAUUAAAAACAAAUCUUGUCGAUGGCGUUUACAUGUUAAAAGAUUUGCGGUUAAAUCCGGCAACAUGUUAAAUGACUGUGGAAAUUUAAAAUACGACAUCUCCUAAGGGAAAAUUUGUUCGAAUCAUUUUUGAUAGUGAGACAUUUGACCGGAAAAAACGUUAAAUUUGGCCAAAAUUUGUACACUAUUUUAAAAAUUCUCGACUAAAAGUACUUCGUGAAAUGCACACUAUCAAAAAUACACUAUCAUUCUACCUGCACCCGUUAAAUCCAGAACAAAUAAACAAAAAUUUAAAAGAUAGCCCUCUGCAUAUAUCAAAAGGAUCAAUAAGCCAAUGCACUCUUAAAUUCCCUUCAUUACUAAGACUUGCGAGUGACCCGACUUCUAUAAAUAUUCAAGGUGCAAUCAUCGAAUUUUGCAGCGCUAAGGAAUCUGGGUUUCCUGUUUUGAGAGGCCAGCUUUUUGCUUCUCUGAAUGAAAGUGAAGAAGAUUUACAAGGUGUAACCCUCCUUACCAAAGCAAUAGGAAAUUUUCUAUCCAGCACAAGCCUGAGAAUCAAUGUUUUGAUAAUCAGGAUCCGAAAUAAGCCAGCGGAUAAGGAAUUUAUUCAGAUCUCAAUUCCUUCAUUGCAACUAAUAGAUUUAGAUUCUGAAGAAACAGACGGAAAACACAAAUUAAUGACGAUUCAAGGUCUCUGUGCCAGCAUUCUGCAUGAAGAAGUAGAAGUGCCAGUGUCUUCUGAUUAUUCAAAUAUUUGCUCGUUUGAAAAUGAUAUAAGUUUUCGCAUAAAAAUUUCAAGGGAAUUGCUGAAAAUUGACAGUGAGAUUGAUGUUAAUGUUAAUGUUAAGACGAUGUGUAUUUAAGGUCCCUACUUCCAUGCGUGGCAUUCCUCCGCGCUCCUUAAGGAGCCGUGCCGGCACGAGCGAAAAGGAUGGACUUCCAUCACUGGUUCUCUGAGCCCAGGCCGAAACCCCUGGUUUCUCGGUAGUGGGUUGCCCUAUUGGGUCGUCAGCCGACCUUUGCCGGGCACCACCAUUUCCAACUCAGCCUUCCGCCCCGAAUUACGCCAGUCUUUGCCUCCGGUUGGCCAGAUCGCCCCAUUUUAUUGGGACCCUUUUGUACUGGAGAGACCGCCUUCUUGGUUGUCUAGUCUGCCUUCCCCUUUUCCCAGCUUAUCCGCUUGAGAAAAUACUCAACCGCUUCCGCGAUUCGGGCAGACCACUAUAGCAGCUUGAGCAAGUAAUUUCACCCUGCUCCAUUUCGGGCGCCCACUGGCUAGGGCGCUGCUGGAAAAAGAAGAUGCUCCUAACUGCCCUGGGAUCUGGACAAGAUCAGCGGGUCCGUGUUUGUCCCUGGUCGCCACCAGGGUCCAGAUACUGCUGGGCUAAGUCUCUUCUUCAGAAAACCAUGCCCGGAUAUACAUGGGUUACCGUCACUGAGAGGACGGGUCGGUCGCCAUACGCCAUUUUAUGUAUAUGACAGUGAGAUUGAUAAUUUGAAUUUUAUCGUAGGGUUUGAUCAGAUGAUGGCAAUGCUAAGGAUAGCUUUAUCUAUGCAGAAAAGCGAUAUUUUGAUUGAUGAAGCAGAAGUGAUUGCUAAUGACAACUCUGAGGACUCUGAUGAAGAAAUAAAGCAAGCUAUUGAGAACCCUGAAAAUUAUAUAGAUAUAAGGAAAAAAGAAAUCAAACUGAGUUUAUCAAAUUUUAAUUUAGCAGUUCUUGUUAACGAGCACGCAGAGUUUGUAAAAGUUUGGAAUGCGAGUUUUGAUAAUUUGGCAUCAAUACCUGGGUCUUAUAUUCAUGUAAAUUUAGCAGGCUUAUCUGUUUUCAGCUCUCAUUCAACUAGGAUAAGACUAGGAAGUUUUCAAAUAGCUCACCAUCACUUAGUGAACCAACCAGACCUUGAUUCUUCAGAAUUGUUCAAGUCUGCCAGGGAAUCUUUUAACUCAGAUUUUUUCAGAUCUCGUGACUCCUUAAACUGGUCCAUUGAUACUAACUCCCAGCAUUUUUGUAUAAAUUCUGUAGUAGCUAUAAAGCCAAUAUUUAAUUUUCAAGAAAAAUAUAGUGUGAAUAUAGAAUUUAAGGAUACCGAAUCAAGAUAUGAAAUUGGUGAAAUUGAUAUAAAUAUUGACAAUGUUUUAUUAGAAUGCCUCCAAGCUUUUUCUAUUUAUUCUAAUAAGGCUCCCAGUGAAGAAAGUAGUGGAGAAGUUACACUAAUUCUUGAUAUUCCAAUGAUUAAAUUGGAAUAUAGGCACUAUCAUAUAGAAAGCCAUGCACCAAGAUGCUGCUGUGAACAAAGUCAGCUGUGAUCGUUAGGAGGGGAGAUUCAGGAAUUAUUAUGGCACAAUUCAUUGAAGUCGUCAUCGCUGAAGAUCAACACGGUGAGUUUCAGAAGUAAAGAAAAUAAUACUGAACGCGAUAUUUUAAAGGGUAAUAAAUUAUUAUAUGAAAUUGGGAAGGUUGGAUUAUUGGAGCCUUAUCAAGAAGGGAAAAAACCACUAGAAUUUUUGGAUUAUUAUGCUGAAGGACAAGGAAAUAUACGAAUAUUCAUAGGAAACAAAGCGAUUGAGCCUUAUUCUUCUCUUGAGGGCGAGUCGCCUAAUAUAAAGUACCAUGAAAUCGAUAAAAAAAAUGAAUACUUAGCUAUUAGCAAAUGUUUUACAUAUAACAAGCUCCUGCUGCAUUCACUAGAAAUAUGGCUUGAUCCAAGCACACUAAAAAAGGUGAUAUCUCUAAUCCCGCAAUCUUCAUCCAAAUCUGAAGUAAAUCUAAAUACUGAUUAUUACUCCUACACAAUUGAAAACGCAAAUAUCCAUUUAUAUGAAAAUAUAAGCAACCAAAAAGCCACUGCAUCUGCCUCAUUUUCAAUUUUUGAAUAUCUAUCAUUCACCAACUGCUUUCCGAACAAAAUAAAUUAUAAUAGAUGUACAUUUAACUCCUUUGAUAUUCAAUACAAAGACAAUAUAAUUGCCCACAACAUCGGGCCAGCGCCAUUCCUAUACGUCCAAGAAGACGACGAUAUAAAACUUGGCUUUAAAGAAAUCAUUCUUUACGCUGAACAAAUUCCAGAUUUCGUCGGGUUUUUUGACAAUUUCUCCUUUUCAGAUAAUUCCAAGCCUCCAUCCAAUGACUCUGAAAAUGCCACGAAAAUAAAUUUUGCUUUUGAAAAUAUCUACUUCGACUAUUUAAUUGGAGAAAGUAGAUUUUUCCUAUGCAUACAAAAUUGUAACCUUUGAAGCAUUCUUUCAAGUCCAAAUUCAUCCAAUUUUCAUUUUGCCCUUGAUUCUGCUCAAUUAUUUAUAAAAUAUCCAGUUAAUUCUCGCGAGCAAGUGAUUUCUAUUUCUUCUUUAACAUAUGUGAAAACGCUACAAUCUCUUCAUUUUGCUUUAAUUUCUACGAUUACAGACCUAGAAAUCUUUUAUACAUCGAUUAAAAAGGAAAAAAAUAUUGAUGAAGCUGAUGAAAUCAAUGAAGCUUCGCCACCUUUUAUUGAGUGCAUGUUAGGAUCAGCUGAGUGUAAGCCAAUUUUAUCAAAUUUGUAUGUAAGCCAAGAAGUCAGAUGUCAGAUCCUAAAAGAAGAAUAUUUAGAAAUUCAUGCAAACGUUGGCUGCUGGAUUAUUCAUAUGUGCAAAGAUACUGUUGAUGCAAUAUCUAGUGUUUUAGGGUCCUUCAGCAAAGGUCCCAGUCAAAAAGAACCUCAAGUCCCUCAGAGAAAAAAAGAAUUCAUAUCGAACUCGACAAAUCAGCAUGAAGAUAUUAACUUGCAAAGCUACCUGGCAGAAAACGAUAAACCACUCCUACCGCCUCCACUUAUGAAAAGAUCUUCCUCACUCCCCCAUCCUUGAUCGAACGAUUGACUGUAAAAAUUCCUAAAAAUUGGGAAAAUUAACCCCAUCCUUGAUUGAACGAUUUUCAUAUCAUGCAAAUUUUUAUAUAUAUAAAAAUAUAUUAGUUAUCAAAAGCUUGGGAAGAUGUACCUAAUGAAGUUGUUAUCAGAGGCUUUGAGACGAUAUGAAGCUACGGAAUCAACCAUCCGAAGUGCUUUAGUCAUCAGCCUGGGCUUAAAAACUCAAUAAUCUAAAAAAUAGAGAUUCUUUUAAAUUUAAAAUUUUUAAUUCAAUAAGCAACAAAUUAAAAUUUAUACAGUUUAAAGGGUAACCAAAAAUCAAAAUAUUAAAAAUUAGUAUUUUAUGAAAUUAAUUUAAUUUUUUCUAUAAAAUAAUUAUUAAAUACUCUUAACCCUCUUAUUUAAAAGUAUAUAAAAAAAAAAAUUUUUUUUUAUUUUAUAUAUAAAAUUUUUUUUUUAACCCCCAUCCUUGAUCGAACGAUGGCGAGCUGUUCGAUCAAGGAUGUGGGGGUCAGUAAAAUCCUCACAAAUUUAUCAUACUCAUUUAAAUUCUUCACAACUUCGGCAAACCAAUACAAUUGACUCUCAAUUCCACCAACUUCAGCCCCAGCAUGGGUUUCCCAAAGUAAAAAUUUCUCUGAGUUUGUUCCAUUUAAGAAUAAACCUUUACUCAGGUAAAGAUUUUAAUGCUUCUCGAGCAAUCACCCCUGGGCUUUCAUUUAUUUGUGAAAAUUUAGGACUGAGCUACUCCAAAUUCCCACAAACUAUGAAUUAUUCUUGGAGACUGGCACUGUCGAUUGAAGAUUUUGAAGCACUCGAUAGGGUAAAGCUAAGCACAGUUAAGCAGCUUAUAAGCUUUGAUAAGAAAACUAUUAGGAAUUUAGGUUCCCAAAUGCUUCAAUUUGAAAUUUCUGGGAUCUGGCUAUCUCCAGCAAUUUCAGAUGAAAUCGAGCUGAUCGUCAACACAAAAAUUUUGCCUCUAAAAAUAAGCAUCGAUCAGCAUUUAGUUGAUUUUUGCAUUGAUUUUAUUGACAAUAAUGCAAAAUCUUCUCCAGAGGAUCCAUCAUUCUCUGAUAUUGAAACAAAAAAGACGACUUUUAUUCAGCGGCUUUCUUUUGAUGAUAUUUUUAUAAGCCUUGAUUAUAUUCCUCAUAAGAUCAAUAGAAAUCUUUCUGGCGCAAACUUGCUGAAUAUUUUCCAUAUAGAGGAUUUUAAAAUUCACCUGCCGAGAAUAAGCAUUACAAGUGCAAGAGAUUUUCAGCAAGCAAUUGGCAAAGCAUGGGCGUUUUGACUUAAGCACCUCAAAGAGAGAGAGUUUUUAAAAUUUAUAAGCGGGAUUGGUCCGCUCACUACAAUAAAAAAUCUAGGCAGUGCUUUAUAUGAAAUAGCAAAGUUGCCUUAUAGUUCUAAUUCUCAGUCAGAUGGCGCAAAACAAGCUUUACUGGGGUUAGUUAAAGCUGUAUUUAUAGAGACGUUAAGACUUACGGAAACGGUGCUAGGAGGAGCUUACACCGUUUUGCAAACUAUGGGAGUUGUGGCUGGCAUUGAUAUGCCAUCACGGCAAAUCUUGAUAGGGCCUUUGAUAAAAGCCCAACAUGCGGUGGAGAACCAGAAGUGAAGAUAA